AUGUCCACUUUACGCAAGUCUAUCGACGCGAGCUCCUUUGCAGCCUUUAGACUUAAAGUGCAACGCGACCUUUUCGAGAACCAGCUGCUAUUAGCACUACUUGUUAAAAAAAAAGACAGCUUCGAAUACGAACUGGCUAAGGCUAUAUCGAACCGCUGCUUAAAACUCGUCGAGAUUAAGGAUUUUAUAAUGUACUCCUUGACCCAGCAAGUCCUCCGAAGCUAUCAUAGGCUGUACCUUGCCGCCUUACUUAAUCGCCGAGACGGAAACUACAAGCUCAUUGCCUACCCUGAACCCCCUCAGCUCCCUGGAUGCAACAAUGGUGCCCGAAUAUACUGCUAUACCGACGAAUACGGCAAGUUUGAGCUUGCGAUAUUUAAUCAAGACGACGAUAAUAAGAAUGAGCUAAUGAUCUUUCGUUCUCUUUUCUCUUUUCUCUUUUAUACCGUCCUCGCCGUCUUCGCCGUUUUCGCCGUUUUCGCCGUUUUCGCCGUCCUCGCCGUCUUCGCUGCUGCUUUGCUUUUUUUUUUCUCUUUCCUUUUUUCUGCUAUAGACUUAAUAAUUCGAAAACGACGACGAUAUAAUUGA